UCUCUCCUCUCCGUCUCUCUUUCGUUUCCAGCCCGGAUAACGGAGGUGGACGAGCUUGGAGUUGUUGUUAUUUUUUUUGUUAUUAUUUAUUCCUCGUUUUUGGGAGACCCGCCACCGGGCAUGGAGGAUGUAAAAGACCCGCCGACCGUCCACCGGUCCUCCUCCUUUAGUAUCAAGAGCCUCCUGCUGCCCUCCAAGUGCGACAGAGCAGACUCCGGUGCGGCUGCUGCUGCUGCCGCCGCCGCGGUCGUCGGCAUCCCCGGGACCUUCUCUCCUUCCCCGGGCUCCGACUCGGAGAAGUCGCUGGACCCGCCGGAGGUGGACUCCACGGCCAUAGCUUUGGACCCGGACAAACCGGGCAAGGAGGAGCAGGGGGAAGAGGAGGAGGAGGGCGGAGGGGGAGGCGGAGGAGGGGACGGCGCCAAGGCCACGCCGGAGCAGAAUACUAACGGUAACAACAGCGGGAAAAACGGGAAAUAUGACAAGCCUCCGUUCAGCUACAAUGCCCUGAUCAUGAUGGCCAUACGGCAGAGCCCCGAGAAGCGGCUCACGCUGAACGGCAUCUACGAGUUCAUCAUGAAAAACUUCCCGUAUUACCGGGAGCACAAGCAGGGCUGGCAGAACUCCAUCCGGCACAACCUGAGCCUCAAUAAGUGCUUCGUUAAGGUGCCCAGGCACUACGACGACCCGGGGAAGGGGAACUACUGGAUGCUGGACCCAAGCAGCGAUGAUGUUUUCAUCGGAGGGACUACCGGGAAGCUCCGCAGGCGCUCCGCCACCUCCCGGGGCAAGCUGGCGAUGAAGCGCGGGCUGCGCUUCGCUCCUCUCGGUUUGGGGAUUAACGAGCGGGCGAACAACCCGCUCUACUGGCAGAUCUCUCCGUUUCUGUCCCUGCACCAUCACCACCACCAUCACCCGCACUACAACGGAUCCUCACCCGGGUUUUUGAACCAGGCGGCGGGCUACGGGUCGCUGCUGCCCGCGGUGGAGCAGCUGAGCAACGGGGACCUGGGGCGCUCCAUCCUCGGCGGGUCGGCCGCCGGGGCACUGGGUUUGACGAACAGUUACGGGAUGAGCACGUCGCCUGUCGGGCUGCUCUCCGGACAGACUGCCGGGUAUUUUGUCUCAGGGACCCAACAUGCAGCAGCAUCGGGGCCGCCGGGAGGAGGACCGCCUCCUCCUCCGCCGCCGCCGCACCUCCAGCAGAGCGCACCGGGGUACGGCGGUCUGGCGACCAGCAGCUCCCCGCAGUCCCUGCUGUCGGACUCCCUCAGAAACAGCUCCCUACCGGCCUUCUCCCCGGGAGUGUCCGCGGGGUUCCCCGGGGUGCUGUCCCAUCAAAAGAGGGUCACCCCAAACGCUUUCCUAAACUGA